CUAACCACCAUUGCAUACUUGCAGUUUAUGCGGGAGAUGGCAGGGGCCUGGCAGAUGACAGUGGAGCAGAAGUUCGGCCUGUUUUCCGCGGAGAUAAAGGAAGCGGACCCCCUAGCAGCAUCGGAAGCCAGUCAACCCAAACCUUGUGCCCCCGAAGUGACCCCCCACUACAUUUGGAUUGACUUCCUGGUGCAGCGGUUCGAGAUCGCCAAGUACUGCAGCUCUGACCAAGUGGAGAUCUUCUCCAGCCUGCUGCAGCGCUCCAUGUCCUUGAACAUCGGUGGGGCCAAGGGGAGCAUGAACCGGCACGUGGCAGCCAUCGGGCCUCGCUUCAAACUGCUGACUCUGGGGCUGGCCCUCCUGCACGCCGACGUGGUCCCAAAUGCAACCAUUCGCAACGUGCUUCGAGAGAAGAUCUACUCCACCGCCUUUGACUACUUCAGUUGCCCCCCAAAGUUCCCUACUCAAGGAGAAAAGAGGCUGCGUGAAGACAUAAGCAUAAUGAUUAAGUUUUGGACAGCCAUGUUCUCAGACAAGAAGUACCUGACUGCCAGCCAGCUUGUUCCCCCAGAUAACCAAGACACCCGGAGCAAUCUGGACAUAGCAGUCGGCUCUCGGCAGCAGGCCACUCAAGGCUGGAUCAACACCUACCCCCUGUCCAGUGGCAUGUCGACCAUCUCCAAGAAGUCAGGCAUGUCCAAGAAAACCAACCGGGGCUCCCAGCUGCACAAGUACUACAUGAAGCGGAGGACGCUGCUGCUGUCCCUGCUGGCCACCGAGAUUGAGCGUCUCAUCACAUGGUACAAUCCACUGUCGGCCCCGGAGUUGGAGCUGGACCAGGCCGGAGAGAACAGUGUGGCCAACUGGAGGUCCAAGUACAUCAGCCUGAGUGAGAAGCAGUGGAAAGACAACGUUAACCUCGCCUGGAGCAUCUCUCCUUACCUGGCCGUGCAACUGCCAGCCAGGUUUAAGAACACAGAAGCCAUCGGCAACGAAGUGACCCGUCUCGUGCGGUUGGACCCAGGAGCUGUUAGUGACGUCCCCGAAGCUAUCAAGUUCCUGGUCACCUGGCACACCAUUGACGCCGACGCGCCCGAGCUCAGCCACGUGCUGUGCUGGGCACCCGCCGACCCGCCCACGGGCCUCUCCUACUUCUCCAGCAUGUACCCGCCGCACCCUCUCACCGCGCAGUACGGGGUGAAAGUCCUGCGGUCCUUCCCGCCGGAUGCCAUCCUGUUCUACAUCCCCCAGAUUGUGCAGGCCCUCAGGUAUGACAAGAUGGGCUACGUGCGAGAGUAUAUUCUGUGGGCAGCAUCCAAAUCCCAGCUUCUGGCACACCAAUUUAUCUGGAACAUGAAAACUAACAUCUAUCUGGAUGAAGAAGGGCACCAGAAAGACCCUGACAUCGGUGACCUCUUGGAGCAGUUAGUGGAGGAGAUCACUGGCUCCUUGUCGGGCCCAGCCAAGGACUUCUACCAGCGGGAAUUUGAUUUCUUUAACAAGAUCACCAACGUGUCAGCCAUCAUCAAGCCCUACCCUAAAGGCGACGAGAGGAAGAAGGCAUGCCUGUCAGCUCUGUCUGAAGUGAAAGUGCAGCCGGGCUGCUACCUGCCCAGCAACCCUGAGGCCAUCGUACUGGACAUCGACUACAAGUCCGGGACGCCCAUGCAGAGUGCUGCUAAAGCCCCGUAUCUGGCUAAAUUUAAGGUGAAACGAUGUGGAGUUAGUGAACUUGAAAAAGAAGGUCUGCGGUGCUGCUCGGACUCCGAGGACGAGUGUGGCACACAGGAGGCUGACAGCCAAAAGAUCUCGUGGCAGGCAGCCAUCUUCAAAGUGGGAGACGACUGCCGGCAGGACAUGCUGGCUCUGCAGAUUAUUGACCUUUUCAAGAACAUCUUCCAGCUGGUUGGCCUGGACCUCUUUGUCUUCCCCUACCGUGUGGUGGCCACCGCCCCCGGGUGUGGAGUGAUUGAGUGCAUCCCCGACUGUACCUCUCGGGACCAGCUGGGCCGCCAGACAGACUUCGGCAUGUACGACUACUUCACGCGCCAGUACGGGGACGAGUCAACGCUGGCCUUCCAGCAGGCGCGCUACAACUUUAUCCGCAGCAUGGCUGCCUACAGCCUCCUGCUGUUCCUGCUGCAGAUCAAGGACAGGCACAACGGGAACAUCAUGUUGGACAAGAAGGGCCACAUCAUCCACAUCGACUUUGGCUUCAUGUUCGAAAGCUCACCGGGUGGCAACCUUGGCUGGGAACCAGACAUCAAGCUGACCGAUGAGAUGGUGAUGAUCAUGGGGGGCAAGAUGGAGGCCACGCCCUUCAAGUGGUUCAUGGAGAUGUGUGUCCGUGGCUACCUGGCUGUGCGGCCCUACAUGGAUGCAGUCGUCUCUCUGGUCACUCUCAUGUUGGACACGGGCCUGCCCUGCUUCCGUGGCCAGACAAUCAAGCUUUUGAAGCACAGGUUCAGCCCCAACAUGACUGAGAGAGAGGCUGCGAAUUUCAUCAUGAAGGUCAUUCAGAGCUGCUUCCUCAGCAACAGGAGCCGGACCUAUGACAUGAUCCAGUACUAUCAGAACGACAUCCCCUACUGAGGGUGCGGCCGGACCAGCGGUUACGGCCACCACCCCCCGCAAGCCCGCAAGCCGUCCCGCAAUCGUGGAGCCGAGCAAGCACAUCCCCACCCCGGCUGCCGCAUGUGUUCAAAGGGGGUGAGCUGCCGGUAGCCCCAUCAUUCCAUCCAUUAGAGUUAUUUUUAUAGGAUAAAUAGGACAAAAAUACACCAUGCCGAGCCUGGCAAUCCACUCCUUCCUGGCGUGACCCACAAGUGACAUGUGAGGCUGAAAUGACAAUCAUCUGAGGACACUCUCUGCAUGGGUGUGAAUACUUCAUUUGCACUGGACACAUUCCCAACACAUUCCCUACCUGUCUUAUUGCAUAGGUACAUGAAGUAUUUUCUUGUGUAUAAAAAAUUAUAUUCAAUUUAAGAUUUAACCAAUGUGAACAAAAUAAAACAACAAAAGUGUGGAGUCCA